AUGACGUCGGCACUGCCUUUCCCGCUGUACGCGGGUUUCUUCCCCCAACUGGUGCUGACGGUCGAGGAGCUCAUGCAGUACCGCCGCUCGAGCAAAGCCGCUGUGGCGCACCUCGCGCGCAUCAGCGACGACGCCGACUGCGUCUACCGCUGGACCGACGUGAAAGCACUGAACGGCCGCAACGUGCAGCGGGCGCAAUGCAUUGAGAUGACGCCAACGGGUGUACCGUCGACGGGGCACGUGCCGGAGCCCUCGGCGCGGACCGUCUCGACGUUGCUCAAGUGCAGUGUUCACCUGGUCGACGUCCAAGUGGACGAGAUCCUUCAAGCCGUUGCUACGGUCAAGACACGAGACGCUCGACGGGCUAUGCACUUUUUGCAUCGAGAGGACGUUGGACAAGUGGACACGCGCACGUUGUUGACGUUUCCGACGUCGUUGAAACACCGCACGCCGAGUUUCGCGUACCGCGCGAUCAAGUGGCGUCUGCUCACGGCCAAGCAGCGAGAGGGACACAAGAAGAGCGGUGUGGACUUUUGCUAUCUGGAAUACGCAGGCAAGAAGAAGACUGCGAGUGCUCAAGGCGUUGUGGGCUUUUGCAUUCAAGAGUCGAUUGCAAAAGAACGACAAGUGCCGACGUUGGAGAGAUACAAUGUCGAGCGAAAGCAGGUUGCUCGCUCUGGGCUUUUGAUCACAAGAACGCAUCAGUCGAACAUUCUCAAGGUCACGGCUAUUGCACAGAUUGACAGGAGUGCGACAGGAGCUACUGCUACUGCUGCUGCAUCUGGGACCACGACGGAGAUCAUGGUGGAUUUCGUAGCGGCCGUGCAUCGAGUGAAAGGGCUGUUGGAACGACAGCGGAUCGGUCGAUUGCAGUACUUGGACGAGUGGGAAUGGAUUUCGUCGAAAGACCGUAAAGCGUGCGCAGUGUGUCUGCAGCGAUUCUACUUUCAUCGAAAACAGCAUUGCGUGACCUGUGGAGAGGUCGUGUGCUCGACCUGCGCGCCGUUGCGAGAGCUGGAGCAGCCGCUGGAUGAGCAAACCCACACGGUGCGCGUGUGUUCCGUGUGUAUGGCGCAAGCAGGUAGUCACCGUGAAAGCAGCUUGCUUGGUGGAGUUAGUGACAUCGACGACGGGUUGAUUGAGACUGCUUCAGCUACGACGAACGUUGGAACGGAGAGCUACGUGGAAGGUCUCCGCUACUCAAAGCAUCCAGGUAUACCGAGGUGUAGCCUUGGAGAUCCCGGACGAUUGUCGCAAACGACAUCAGUGCGAUCGUCCUUUCGACGACGGCAACAACAUCCGUUGUCAAGUCGCAGCAGCACGCGAGCGAGUGCUACUUACGAGCAUGAUGAGGGCAGUCACAGUGAAUACUACGCGCGAGCGGCGUCCGAAUACAUGGGCUCAAUGCGGCAGUCCAGCGGGCGGCGUCGGUCAACACUGCUGUCAGCACCUCUGUCGGCGAGAGCUAAGAAAGAGGCACUCAGCAAGCUCGUCGAACAUGCCCGCCACAUUCGCGACACGAUUGACAUGGCAAUUUCUGAGGCAGAAGGCGACAACGAACGGCCCAGUGAAUGGCUUGAGCGCAGCUAUGGCAGAUCAGAUGUCGACGAUGAGCAGUACGAUGAGAUCUACGAUCGCAUCAUGAAAAUCCGCGAGACGCUAGACGCCUCGGGCUCGGACCUAGAUGCUGUGCUAAGCUCCAUCGGCCUCAAUGACCCCAUCCGUCCAUCAGACGCGGAUUCGAAUCAAUGUGAUAGCGACUUGGUUUUCAGCUUCAGCGAACCGACAGGCAGCGAGCACCCAGACACCAUUGAAAGUGUCCGUUCCCGCUCGUCGUGCUCGUCGUUGUCAGCAUCCGUGCAAUCACUGGACCACCAGGAUGCUGGUGAACCGCUACCGUCACCAACGCCCGAGCAGGAAAGUGCCAUCGAAGAAGCACGUGCACUUGAGGAAGCGAUGCAAUGGGUCCGUCAAUCGGAGCCAAGUGCGAAUUUACGAAUGCCUCGUAUAGCACCCGCAAACGAAGUCGGGAUUCAGGCUGAGCCGGAGCUGUCGUCCAGAUCAGCGGCAUUACCGACUUCAGUUGGUAGUGCAGUCAGCAAUCGUGGUAUCGAGCGGCUUGCCCAAAAGAUCGGGCGUCUUAAUGAGCGAAUCGAAGCCACGCAGCAGCGUGAACACGAUGCAAUCAACACUGGUCCGACAUCCACUGGAGCAAGAGCUCUGGCCACGCCAGCUCUUCUAGGCGAACCCGUUGUCGUAGAUGAACGACGUGGACACACUAGUAACGAAGAGGUGGGAGCUGACGAGCGCUCGAUGCGGCAUCGAUCUGCUCGAUCGUCAACCUCAAAAUCGAGUCGAGGGCGUGUGCCACGCGCGUCGUCAACCAAGCAGAUGGCGCAUGUGACUGGCGCAGCUUUGUCUUCUUCGUCUGUCGUUUCGCGAGGAUCUAGUGCGCAUGGAUCGCUGCUGUCUGACCAUGAUCCAUCGGACCUCGUAGCAAGUUUGCGUGGUGUCAUGAACUCGAGUGAGCUCUCGCACGCGCCAUCGCGCCGACGAUCAAGGAUCGCGAGCGUGACGCUUUCUCCUUCUCCAGUGGAAGUAUCGACUACCUACACGCCUUCGACGUUGACUCCGUCUCGCCAGACGUACCCUGGAACACCAAGAAGACCACCACCACCGCCACCGCCAGCGACACUACCAGCGCUUCAUCCAUGUCACUUGACUCGACAAGCUGCAAUGCCACCGACUGCGCCAAUGCCGAUGCAAAGCACGGCAUUUUGCGCAUUUGAUCCUGACGACGGUUUCCAAACGGUGCAUCAACACCGUCUUGACGAUGGACCUCCCGACGGCACUGAAGCGGAACCUGUAACGGCGAUGGCCAGGGAUCAAGACAUCGAUGACGAGCACGGAGCACAUGGCAAAGACUCACUCGUUUUUGCUUCCCACGAAGAGCAAAGACAAGGGCCACGUCCAGCAGCUGCAAUUGCGCUUCCUCCAGCGUCAAGUACCAACCGUCGAGAGAGUGCUCGCGAUGAGAGCAGAGAGUUGCGCGAGCUCAUGGAGGGCCUGGCGAAAGCGCCUCUACGCAGCCGCUGCUCGAGCGGUCAGUCCAGCGGCGCUCCACCGACUGAGAAAUUUGAUAUUUAG